AGUCUUGUUUUUCGAGCGAUCGAAAUCUUCGUUUGGCUGCGACUCUUCCUGCUUUGCGGUGGGCCUGCUGGCGAACGGCUCCCCGUUCCCGGAGAAUUAUGGACCGGAAAAAAAAGCCUCUGGAUAUAACACUCAGUUCGCUGGUAGAUUUGAAAGCUGAACUAUUCCGAAAACAGGAAGAAUUCAAGAAAGAGAAACUGCUGAAAGAUGCCGGAGUCUAUGUUAAGCCCAAAACAGUAAAUAAGAUGAAGAAACUGAAGAGUUAUAUCUUGUGGAUUUUACUCAGAAGAUAAUUGACAAACGGAGAGAAGUACAAGAACUAUGUGCCAGUGAAACUGCCAGAAAAGCAAUGGGGGAUGAAAAUGGGGAAGGAGAGAGAUUCUCCGAAGCAGAGAUCCCACCGCCACAGAACCCAGAUGAAGAAUGGGUUGAAUAUGUGGAUUAUUUAGGCCGUUCAAGAAGAUGUAUGAAGAAAGAUUUGCCCUUUUUGCUAGAAAGGGAUAAACUGAACCAGGAUGAGAGGCCAGGGAAUGAAAAAAAGACUCUGCAGUCAGAAGACAUGAGAAGAGAGCUUCAGCGACAGGAAUGGGAAAGAGAAGAAGAAGAAGCGCUGAAUAAACCUAUGGGGCCAAUUCAUUAUGAAGAUAUUCGAGAAAAUGAGGCCCGACAACUUGGUGUUGGUUACUUUGCCUUUGCCCGUGAGCAGACUUUGAGAAAAAAACAAAUGGACACUUUAGAAAUGCUAAGAGAACAGACCAUCGGUCAGAGAGCAAAGCGUGAACAUUUAAAGGAAAAACGUAAAGCCAAUUUGGAAGCCAGGUUGUCUAAAAUUCGAGCGAAAAAGCGCUUAAAAGAUGGCGAUACGAAGGAAAAUGGAGAGGAGGAAGAAGCAAUACCAGUCCUACCUUCAAGCAAGCCCGCUGAACUUCCCAGAGUUUCUACAGAAAGUAGAAAAGUAGAAGUUAUCAUUCAGGAGAGGAGAGAUACAAAGCCGGGUGUGCCCUAUGUUCGUGAAUGGGAUAAAGGCAAAGAAUUCACUUUUGGACUUUGGUCAAAGAAGCAGAAUGAACUCAGAAACGAAAGAGAUCCAGAGUUUGCACCACCUUCUGCUUACUUUAACAAUCAAAAUAAAUUUUACGAUUGGAAUAAUCAAAAUCGGAGCAAAUCUAAAUCCUCCUAUGUAAGUACAGAAGACAGUUUUACAGGCAACCUGCCAUCUACAUCAGCUGAGACUCACAAUAACUCAUGGAACAAUGACUUCAUACCCACUCAGGCACCUGAGAUGAGGACGUCAAACCAAGAACCGGCUUACCAAAGUUUGGAUGAUAUGCUCUCCUACUAUAAGCAAGUCACAUGAACGUCGGAUGCAGUUAGGAAAACAAUUUGUUCCCCAAUGAUUAAAACAAAUUAAGGAUAGUUUCAGUGAGUAGGGGAACUUUCUUGCAGUUCCCUUCUCCUCUAUCACUUCUAGUAUUAAAGAAUUCACUUCAAAGAUA